AUGGCGGAUAAUAAAGUCAUCCCCGUCUCAGAACUCACCAAGUAUCCCUGCGAUACGCAGGGGGAGACAGAUCCUUCUUUAGGCCCUGUCCCGAUCUCCAACCGAGCCGGCACCACCAGCGAUAACAACACAGACGAGCCCGACUCCAUCGUCGUCGGCUACGACGCCAUUGUUCCCCGCUGGGAUAUCCGUACCACCAAGGGAAGAGUCCUCCAAUACUUUGUGCAAGAAGACACCUUCACGUCUCCCGAGCAAGCGCGAAUCGCAGCUAAAGCCUUCCAGGAAGCCGCUGAUACAUGGAACGAGCUCGAGCCCGGCGUCUCCAUCUCCAAGACGAACAAUCAGGAUACCGCACACUUUUACCUCGUGUACAAGCCCAAUCCUACCGUGGGACCGGGCCGCAACACGCUGGCGCGCGCUUUCUUCCCGCAUGAAGUCGACCAGGACGUCAUUGUCUUCUCGCGCGCCUUCGAUGCGGACGCCGUGCACGUCUUGAAGAACAUCUUCCAGCACGAAAUAGGGCAUAUACUCGGUUUGCGCCAUGAGUUCGCCAUUACUGGGGAUGCGGGCAACGGUCUCCCGCCAGAGGGCGAGGGCGCGGUUCGGUUCAUGGGACCUGAAUCGCGCCCAACGAAAGACCCUAAGCCGAUUAUGAGCUGCAACUUCCCACCCACGAUGCAGGACACCGAUCGUGAGCAGAUUGCUAAGUUCUACAAGCUGAGAAAUGGGUAUAAGAUAACAGGUGGUCCAGUCACUGACUUUCAGCCUCAGAUUCGACGGAGGAACAGGUAA